AUGAGCGCCAUUGGUGAGCCAAAGGUGGUGAAGAAGGACAAGCAAAAGUUGGAAGACGCCCGGAAGAAGCUGGUCUCGUGUGCCAAAGCCUUGCGGGCGCGGAUGGCCAAAGAGCAGGUGGAAGUUUGGAAGAAGGCAGAGGCCGAGUUCAGUGUUCAGAAGAUGAUCUGGCAGAGCCUGAGUCUGCAGAGGGGUGCCAAGCACCAGGGCACUGCGGCGAUGAUCGAGUCCAAGCUGGAAUUUGCGGUGCAGACCCACGCGAAAGACUUGGCAGCGGCUGUGGAAGCCCUGGACCUGUGCCUGGAGCGCAACCAAGGCUUGGACUUGCUGGGAGUGGCCAUGAUCGAGUCCAUCGAGGCCAUCAAAAGCGCUGCCCUCCACGCAGAUGCGCGGCAGGAGCUGGCCAAGAUGCUCGAGAAGGCGGCAGAGGAGCUGAGCUCCGGCAUCGUGUCCCGACGUGGGGCGGAUUUGAUCGCCUUGCUGGGCGACUGCGGAAUUCAGGAGCCCAAGCUGGAGUCGGCGAUCAAGGCGGCUUGGGUCGCCGCCUACGACAACGGAGAGUGA